AUGGGGCAGCUUCUUUCGCAACCGAUCACAGAGAAAAAUAUUACACUUGUCCAGCACGAUCAUAUUUCGCAUUCAAUUGGGGAAAUGCAAGGAUAUAGGCUGACAAUGGAAGACGCGUUCUGUGAUUUGAACGAAAGAAUAUUUGUGACCAAAGAGGGGCUUGACUUCAGACGACAAGAGGAGGAUAAAAAAUGUGAUCUAGAAUCUGUUCAAAUUAACAUCUACGGUGUUUUUGACGGACAUGGCGGCUCAGGGGCAUCCAGAUAUGUUAGUCAGAAAUUGCCGUCGGUUCUAAGAGACGAACUUAUACGGACAAUCAAUGAUCUGCCUCAGGUAUCCAGGUCCAGGCUUUUGAAUUGCAAAGAAGUAUUAGAGACAAUUGAUUUUCCUCGACUUCUACGAUCAUCAUUCAUGAAAUGUGACUCUAUGUUUUAUAGACAUCACGAUAACAAUAGUGGAACAACAGCAGUGGUGCUAGUUAUCUUUUGUGGUUAUGCAUUUGUUGCCAAUUCUGGUGACUCAAGGUGUAUUCUAAGUCAAAACGGAGCUACAAAAACGUUGUCUUUUGAUCAUAAGCCGCGAAAUCUGGGCGAACUGAUGCGAAUCCAUAGCGACGGAGGUUACGUUUCCACCAACAGAGUGAAUUCAAUUCUAGCUUUGAGUCGAGCAUUCGGAGACUUUGGUUUCAAAAUACAUAAUGAAAACAAUUACUCCAGACAAUUAAUGUUCAGAACAGCCAAACACAAGUAUACCCCUCCUGAAGAAUACCAGGUAACUGCAGAGCCUGAUAUUCUUAUACAUAAGAUCACCCAACCUGAUGAGUUUUUUAUUCUUGCUUGCGAUGGAAUAUGGGAUUGCUACAAGUCUCAUGAACUAGUACGUUUGGUUAGGCAUCAUCUUUCACUGGGGAGAAAGUUACCUGAAAUCAACGAGAUAAUUCUUGAUAAUUGUAUCAAGAUGGCCAAUACAAUAACUGGCAUCGGAUUCGACAAUAUGACAUUGAUCAUCGUUGCCUUGCAUCAAGAUUACAGAGAUUUGAACAACUGGUAUACACGAAUGAAAUACAAAAUUUUGGACGAGCGUUUUGGACCGUCUGGGCAUUGA